AUGGAACGCUCGCCUUUGAUGCGGAAGGCAACGGUGGAGAUACAGCGUCGGCCAGCUCGACAAGGGACUGUCAGUCUGAAGCCGAACACGGCUAUGCAAAAAACAAGGAGCUUUGCGGAUCCUAGGGCUAUUCCUCAACUUCUUAAACAGAUCCACGCGCCGGAAGAAUAUGACGAGGCUUCGUCAGUUCUACUUUGUAAUUUCCCAGGUGGCAUCUCUGCUGCAGCAGUCAGGAACUUUGCCGCUUGGAGUGGCCCAGUCGUCCGUGUGGAGAGAGUUCAAAGCAUCGGUGGCGAAGGAAACUUUGUUGUGGUAUUCUCAAACCCAGAACCAGCGGUUGCAAUGCGUGCUGCCGUUGAAUUCCUAUAUCUGGACGGGAAAACUCCGCUGUUCUGCCGUGGAGUCGACCCGCGGCCAAACUUAUGGAGCAGGAUUGCCUCCGUUUGGGGAGGCUCAACGCAGGUGCGUUGCAUAUGCGUAUGGUGUUUCUGUCACUUUUGCCUUCCUAGCUGCGCGGUUGUUGGGACGGUUGAUUGUUGUGGUGCACCUGUUUUUGUUUUCACGGCCACUGCUUUCGCAAGACCACACAAAAUUGAUGGGAGAGUAACACAAACCCACCUGGGAACCCCCCCCUUGUUGGUCUCAGGCAGUCAGGAAGCCCAACGCCAUGCAAAGGAUGUAGUUCAGGCAGCAACGGCUUGUAUACCGCUGCAAUUUCUUGUUGCCUAUGAGAUAGAGGACGAUAGAGCACUAUUAGCUUUCCUUGUGACACAAGCCGCUGUUCUAGCGCAGGCAGCGCACCUUGUGGGCGAGACGGGGUGA